CUAAACUGUGUAUUAUUUUUGUUUCAGGGCUACAAACAUAAAAAUGCCUUUUUAGUCACUCAUAUGCCUCUUAAGCACACUAUUGUGGACUUCUGGCGACUGAUUUAUGACAUGCGAUCUUCAAUGAUCGUAAUGCUCAAUGAUUAUAGUCGAUCUGAAAAUCUUUUAGAUGUUGGGCAGUACUGGCCUAAUGAAGGUUGUUCAACCUUUGGACCAUUUGAAGUACAAAUUGUGACAUUUGAAGAUCAGGGUACACUUGUGGUUCGAAUUAUGAAACUAAUAAACAACAACCAGCCCAGUGAAGAGCCACUCAAAAUUAUUCAGCUUCAGUAUACGGAUUGGGACCAGGAAGAAGUGUUACCUACUAAUGCUACUUCCAUGUUGGCACUGUUGAACCACGUUGAAAGGUGGUACCGACAUACAAAAGGAGGUCCAAUCACUGUACACUGCAUGAAUGGUGCAAGUAGAUGUGGCCUGUUUUGUGCCACUAGUUCUGUUUGUGAUCAAAUAAAAACAGAACAGCUUGUAGAUGUCUUCCAAGUAGUCAAAUGGAUUCGAAACAACCGCCCAGAAUUUAUUUCUUGCAUGGAACAGUACAAGUUCUGUUAUGAAGUGGCGCUGGAACUUGUGGACUCAUUUUCUGUUUAUGGAAAUUUUCAACCCUCUAGCUAGAUAAAAAGUUGCUUUGUACUUGGUCUUUUUCCUGGACAAAUCUACCAUAAUUUAGAUUUGUAAUUGGGUAUAUGCAAACAUAUACAAAACUUUGUUGAAUAAUGUUACUGUUUCUUGGUCCUCCUUUCUUUCCAGCCUUUAGAGUGAAUCUUUUUUCAUAUUACCAAUAUCAGAGAUUUUCAAACCUGCUAAUAUUUUGGUGUUCAUAUUAAUGAACUGUGAAUCAUUUAUCAUUAUGUUGAUGUCACUGUUUAUUAAAUUUAUACUGAUGAAGUUAUAUUGUUUCACUAUUUGUAUAAACUAACAUCAAAUCACACAUUGAAACUGUGUGUUUGUUAUUGUUAAUACUAGAAUUUUUCAGGCUAUAAGAAUAAACUAUAUAUAUAUAGGUUUAUUUAAGGACUAACCAUAUUACUAGGUUGGAACUUUUUUUUUAUGAUCAACUUCAUGUCAAAGCUUCAACCUAAUAUCAUUUCACUUUUGAUACUCUGUUUACUUAUAUUACACAAUUAUAAAAAUGGAAGCUUCACAUCUAAAUUACACAAAUGUCUGACGAAAUAUUACCUUAUAAAAACAAUCUUCAACAGUUUUGUGUACUGUCGUUAAUAUAUAUAUAUGUGUGUAUGUAUUAAUAUUAGUAUACAAAACACACAUAAGUUGUUCUUAUUUGAUAGUACAUGAAUAGAGUGUUUAAGGAAUAAUGUUUAUAAGAUAAAAUAGAAAAGAAAAUACUCAAGGCAAUAACAAAGUAAAAAAAAGAGAGAAAAGCUACUGUGUUUCUUAGAAAAGUUUUGCAGAGUAAAAUACUCUUGUUAUCUAAAAAAUCGGAUAGAACAGUUGUCAAAUCUGUAGUCAAAUUCAGUAUCCAUUAAAUAACUUGAGUAAUGAAUAUUUUGAAAUAUAUGUGUAAUUCAUGUGCCUUCAAACCUUAUUAGAGAAAUUUUAAACGUAAUAAUUAAAGAUCUUCACAUGUAGUUGUAUUUAGUUAUCACUGAAUUUACACACAGCUUUUUAUACACAAAGAAUUGAAAAGUAAAAAAUUUCUCCAUAGUAUUUGUUUCUCUUCUCAACUAAUUUUGUCUAGAUAUCUACUCACUCUCAAAAACUAAGCAUUAAUGUUGUACUAACAGAGAUUUUUUUAAAGGGUUCAACAAUAGACUUGUUAAUAAGGAUUCAACAGAGUGAGAGUGUGUGUGUGUUAGGCAAAACAUCCUUUUCAUGUGAUAUUUUCUCUCUUAAACAAAGAAAAAAGAAGUUCUGUUACUGUUAAUGGAUGAAAAAAAAAAUGAAUGGUUGUGAGUAAACAACAAUUAGAAGGUGUGAUUACUUUAUGCCACCCAAGUAGUGUUUAGAGGUUAGCUUUCAGUUUUUAUAGUUGUUUCAAUAUCCAGUCAUUCUAUGCAUAUAGUUUCUGUUACUCUGUAGAUUUCAAAAAAUCAAGUUUUUAAACUGGCAUUCAAAAUUUAAUUGUCCAUUUGUUUUUUCAAUAUUUUUUCUUUGUUAAAUAAAUUUUUCUGAGUUUUCUGGUGCUUUACUUUGUGGUAAAUUUCCUGUAGUUUCUUAGUUGUAGUUUUUAAAUAUUUUCUUGUGUAGAAGUAAAAGAUGAAAUACUACUUGUUAAAGUAUUAUUUUGUAAAUUUUGGUACCCAAGUUGUUGCUGUUUGAUAAUGUAUGAAUAAAGUGUUUAAGGAAUAAUGUUUAUAAGGUAAAAUAUACAAGAAAAAUCUCAAGGCUAUAUCAAAGUAAAAAUAGAGAGAAAUUAUUAGGAGUGUUAUAAACUGUGUUUCUUGGAAAAAUUUUGCAGAGUAAAAUACUCUUAUUAUUUAAAAAUCGGAUAGAAUAGUUGUACAAUCUGUAAUCAAAUUCAGUAUCCAUUAAAUAAGUUGAUUGAUGAAUAUUUUGAAAUAUAAAAGAUCUUUCAAAUUUUGAAAAGACUUUGUACAUUUUUCUGCAGAAGUAUGUGCAUUCAAAACACAUAAUUCUAUCAGAAUUUGAGUGUGUGUGUACAUAAAGCAGAUUAAAGCAAGAUGCUAUUACAAGUAUAUAUAUACAA